CGCUGGAAUUUGUUCCAUAUGGUUUAGAAAACAAUCUGUAAUCUGCCAUGCAUCUAGGCAAGAGGGAGGUGCUCAGUAUGAACAACGUUCACCUUGUUAUCGUUCUUAUUGUAUUGUUUUGCGGAAUCAGUGCUCAUGGAGCCACGCCUGGAUUGAAUUGUGGAAUAGCCAAGAGGAGAAAUAUGCGGAAAAUUAAAGGCGUUACCGUGGCGCAUCCCUAUCCCUGGCUUGUGGGUAUAAUUCAGGCACCGUGGACUUCGAAAACCGCCCACACUGUUAUGUGCCUGGGGUCGGUAAUUUCGAGAAGAGAUGUGUUAACUGCCGCCCAUUGUGUAACAAAGAAAUUGUGGCCUGUGAGCGUUGUCAAAGAUAUGGACAAAUUAUUUUGCGACAGUAACGAUGAGUUAGAAGUUUCCGAAAGCUUCACCCAUCCGAUGUACCUAUCGAAGAAACCCUGGUACGAUUUUGCAGUCUUAAGAUUGACUAAACAAGUUGACAUCAUGCCUGUUUGCCUGCCGUCAUCAAAUGACCCACUCACAAAGUAUGGUAUCGCGACAGUUUUCAACAAGACAACCUGUAGCCAACAGGACAUCGUGAUGCCAACUUUUAAGACAUUGGAGUGCAUCCGAAUGCUGACCCGGAAUGCCUAUUUUUUUGAACAGACAGUUCGAACGUUAGAAGCAGGGUUCUGCGCUGGUUACCUACAUGGACCAGAAGAUACUUGUCAGGGUGACAGUGGGGGACCAUUCCAAGCUCCGACAGUGAAAACUCAUCGAUAUACCAUUCUCGGAGUAACAUCAUUUGGGUUCGGAUGUCGUUUGGAAAACACACUAGGAGUCUAUGGAGAUGUUAGGGAUGUCGUUUGGUGGAUACGAAAAGUAGCGACAGCAAAAACUUUUGUUCGGGGAGAAUAA